CUUAUUGAUCGGAAAAACAGAAUGAAUCAAUCGGGUCACGCAUUCGUCAGGUACAGUUUUAGUUUUUCAAAGAGCGCGCGCAAACUUUCAGAAACCCUGCUCAUCCCAAAACCGCCGAUUUGAUGAUCAACCAGAUAUUUCUCCGGAGUUGUCGAUCGAUCAUGGCCGCAAUGGAAGCAUCUUGAAAUACAACUCAUGAUACAGUAGUGUAUUGUCUUCCAGAUUUUUUAAGCAUUUCAUUGUCAACCUUUCGAAAACAUUGACUGCGRUCGGUACGGUCACCCACUCAUAUAGGAAGCGAAUACCAAGGCAGUCCUGGAUCGAAAAGAAAAUGGUGCUGUAUGGUCAGGUCGUAGCAGGCCCUCCUGGUUCAGGGAAGACAACCUACUGCACAGGCAUGCAGGAGUAUCUACGAUUGCUGGGAAGAAACGCAUGGGUCAUCAACCUUGAUCCAGCGAACGAAGUUCCGUCAGCGACAAAGAAGUCUACCKUAGAAAAAAAUGGUGCGGACGUAGAGGGUGACGAAAAGGAUCAAGACGAGUUCGAAAAUGAUCUGCCCUACGAAUGUCUAUUGGACGUGUGCAAGAGCGUGGUCAAUUUAUCGUCGGUGAUGAAACAGCUCGGACUGGGUCCCAACGGCGGGUUGGUCUACUGCAUGGAGUACCUCGAGGCCCACGUCGACGAGGUGGUAGACAUGAUCGAAGAACAGAUACGGGAACAAGGGGACAACAACGCGUACCUGAUUUUCGAUUUGCCGGGGCAGAUCGAAUUGUACACGCACGGGACCGCCGUCCCGCGUCUCCUUGCGAAGCUUGUCAAGGUGUUUGAUUUGCGGUUGGUGGCGAUCCAGCUCAUCGAUGCACACUAUUGCACAGAGCCCGCCAAUUUUCUUUCCGCGGCUUUGCUAGGAACCACCGUCAUGCUCAAGCUGGAACUGCCGACYGUCAAUGUUCUCAGCAAAAUCGAUCUGCUUGCCAACUAUGGACCACUGCCAUUCUCGUUGGAAUUCUUCACCGAUUGCCAGGAUCUAGAACGACUGGUUCCAUACCUCCAGCAGCAGGGAGAUUUUGAUUUGAACGAGAACGAAGACGAUUUUACAAUAUCUACACAGCAAUACUUUGACGAGGACAAUUAUGCCGACGAUCCAGAGUAUCAACGCGCGCGCAAGAUCAAGAGCUCCUCGCCAUUCUUCCGAAAGCACACACGACUCCACAAAGUAAUGGCCGAGAUCGUGGAAGAAUUUGGUUUGAUUUCGUUUUUGCCGCUUGAUAUAUCCAGUGCUGAAUCGGUGGGGAGAGUCGUGGCAAAGAUUGACAAAUGCAACGGUUAUAUAUUCACUCAACAGGUCAGAGGAGGUUCYGGUUCUUCCAGUAGCUCCGCCAAUGGUUCCAAUACAACAACUGCUGCUGAAGACCUCUUUCAGUGCGCACUUGAAUCCGAACCAUCCAACUACGAAGCGAUCGCCGAUAUUCAAGAACGGCUUUCAAUAGGGAGAGCAAAGGGCCAACAGAGUGGGCGGCGGGAUACAUGAACAUUCUGAAGACUCGGUAUUAUUUACGACCGUUGUUUGAUUGUCGAUUGCUAGAUCRUUCCGAUUGAUUCUUUUCUCCUCUCUAUGAAAUAUAUUAAUAAUCUAACC